AGCGAAGAAAAUUGCUUAUAAUCCCUUACGUAAAGUGAAGUAGACUAUUCUUCGCUCUGAUAUUCAUACACUUGGCAGCUAAAGAGUAUCGCGGGUAGGUAAGGUGUCAGUUCCAUUGCCAUUAGGCUGCAGUAUUAUAUAUCUUGGGUUGAAAGUCCGCGCUUCCUCCUGACCUACUUGCUUCAUCUGAGGACUCACACGCCAGUCUGUUCUUACUCGAGCCUUUGCAUAAAUCUGCUCAGAUGCCCAGACAAGAAGUUUUAGAAUUGCACCCUAUAGGGUGGGAGUCAGACCCGCCGGAUGAAUUCCUGAACCUAUCCCUUCUAGACUAUUGCGUUGGACAAGUGUACUGCAACUAUGCUCUUUUCUUCAAACUCUCGGAUGCCGAUAAACCCAAAGUCAUCCCCGUACUCAAGCAUGGCCUCGAAAUCACCUUAAGCCAAUGCCGCCAACUGUGUGGCAGGCUCGAGGAACUUCCAGAUGGCGGGAUGUGCCUCCACAAGAAGAGAGAAGACACCGUCCAAUUGCAUUUGCAAUGGCUAGAUGAAGAAGGUGAUAGGUAUCCUUCUUUCGAAGACCUGGAAAAGCGUCACUUUGUCUCCCAAGCCCUAGGUAACAUAGACACGUGGUGUGUGGCGCCGAUGACCUAUGGAGAAAAGCCUGAAGCCGAGCCUGCGAGCAAGCCUAAAGCAGCUGCUUUCAAGGCCAACUUCAUACGUGGCGGCUUAGUCUUCAUGAUGCACCAUCACCAUACCUGUAACGAUGUUAUGGGAUGGGCUGGCGAACUACAUCAGCUGGCUGAGAACUGUGCCGCCCUCUGGGCCUCUCCAGAUAAUCCAACGGGUCUUCCACCUUGGGACCCGGCCUGUCUUGACCGUUCGAGGAUCAGCAGGCCGAACCCCCCCGAGGACCAGCGCAUCGACGGGCCCGUGCCGCCUUUGAAGCACCCCGACCACAAACUCGGCCAGUGGCUACUAUUCCAUCUGCCGAAGAGCAAGAGCGCCGAGCUCAAGAAACUGGCGAGCCCCGUAGACGAAAGUUACUGGAUCUCGAGCUAUGAUGCUUACAUGGCGUAUAUUUGGCGCAUUUUGACGAAGCACAGGGCCAAAUUUUUUAAAUCAGACCCGAAGCUGAAACUCCUCUGGGGCGAGGCCGUCGACAUGCGAAGGCGAUUUCAUGAUCCACCGGUACCGGAGCGCAUACAGGGAAACGUUGUCUUCGUGGCGUUGAGCACGCAGAGCUCCGUGCCGGAACUUACCCUUGAGGAGGUUGUCUCGGAGGCGCCGUUGUCGAAACUAGCGUGGUAAGUUGAGC